AUGUUUAAGCGAGUGUUUGGGAAAGCAAAGCAGGAACCCAAUGCCCUGCCAACUAUACACAAAUUAAACGAUACACUUGAGAUGCUAGAGAAAAAGGAGAAACUUCUUGUAAAGAAGGCAGCUGCGGAGGUUGAGAAGGCUAAACAAUUUACUCAAGCACGAAACCGAACUGCGGCAAUAAAAUGUUUAAAGAGGAAAAGGCUUUACGAACAACAAAUUGAGCAGCUUGGAAAUUUCCAAUUGCGCAUUCAUGAUCAGAUGAUAAUGCUGGAAGGUGCAAACGCUACAACGGAAACUGUUGAUGCAUUGAGAAGUGGAACAUCUGAAAAUGAUGAUUUGGAGAAAACAAUGGAUGAGAUCAAUGACCAAACUGAAAGCAUGAAGCAGAUUCAGGAGGCAUUGUCAGCACCUAUUGGUGCAGCAGCUGAUUUUGAUGAAGAUGAAUUGGAAGCAGAGCUUGAAGAACUGGAAGGAGCUGAAUUGGAGGAGGAGCUUUUCCAGCCAGCCACAACUGCUCCCGCAGCUGCAGUACACGUAAAUGCUCCGGUAGGCAGGCAACCAACCCAACCAGCUCCUCAGAGGAACAACCGUGAGGAGGAUGAGCUUGCUGCAUUACAGGCAGAGAUGGCACUUUAA